UAUGAAGGAAAAUGUUUGCAGUGAGUAUCUCAGUGUGACUUGUCUUCCACAGCCUUCUUCAGUGUGUGUGUGUUUGUAUACACUGUAUAAGUGUGUGCUCUCUCUCUCUCUCUCUCUCCUCCCUCCCUCCCUCCACGUCUGCCUGCCUGCCUGUCAGCUUGCCUCGACCACGUAGCAGCUUCCUGGCAGCAGCAGCCGCUUGUGUCUACUCUCCCUCCUCUCUGACACACUCUCUCUCUCUCUCAGUAUCAGUAGCCCAUGUAGAACCACGUAGCACCAGCUUUGGAUUUUAACCACCACCACCACCACCACCAGCAGCAGCAGCGGCGGCAGCAGCGGCGGCAGCAGCAGACCGAAGCGGUCAUGGAUCUCUUUGAAUUCGACUUUUUCAGAGACUGGGAGCUUGAACAACCAUGUCAUCUGGAGUCGGAGCGCAGCGUCCUGAAGAGGAGGGAGUGGGAGAGGAGGACCAGGAGGUCCCAACAGAUGAAGAUCUCUUCUCAACUGGAUUCAACCUGUUUGGAGAACCUUAUAAAACUAAUAAAGGUGAUGCGUUGGCGAGUCGUGUCCAGAACACGCUGGGCUCCUACGAAGAAAUGAAAGAUCUGUUAACCAGCCACUCUAACCAGAGCCACUUGGUGGGAAUCCCCAAAGGCAGCAACAACCUGCAGACUCCGACCACCUCAACGACGGAGAGACCCGCCAUGGAGCCCCAGCUCUUCACCGAAGCCUUGAGGGGAGGUACAGGUGGAGGAGGAGGAGGAGGAGGUGCAGACGGAGGUGGGGAAAAAAGGAUGGGAAAUGCAUCUUCCUCAUCUUCAACUUCCAUGCAACCUCCUGCUUCGGCUACUUCGUCAUCGAGCGCCACAACGAUCUCACAUCAGAAUUCUAAAAAGUCCAGAAGCUCCAUGGACUGGUCAAGGGCAGGUCAUGGACAGAGCACCCAAGGAACAGGCCUCGUACUGGGGUUAGGACAGAACAGUCAAGGGCAGGUCACAGCAGCUACGAGCGGGAGAGGGAAAAUGUCUUUAUUAGAGGAACAGAGGCAUGAAGAGCUGUUUAGCUCACUUAAAGAUGAACUUGGUCUAAAAGGAGACUCAAGCCCUUCUUCUUCCUCCUCAUCCUCCUCUUCUUCUUCAUCUUCUUCUCGGAGAAGGCACUCUUCCCACCCCUCCAAAACACUUCCUCUCCCAGAUGGUGGUAAUUUUCGAUCUUCCACCAUGGACGGUGGUCAUUUUAAGCCUGCAUCUAACACAGAAAAUGGCGGACAUUUCAAAACGUCCCCGUUUGAAAAUGAGACCGGUUCUCACCUGUCGACAUCCUCGUCCCCACUGGCUUCCACGUCAGUUUUGACGACGCCUACUCCUGGUCUAACCACUCCCACGUCUGGACUGACUACCCCCACCUUCCCACCUGGUAGCCUAUCAGGGAAGCCGAUUGCAGUGCAGCAGAAGCCCACAGCAUAUGUUCGACCAAUGGAUGGCCAGGACCAGGUGCCUAGUGACUCUCCGCAACUUAAACCCCCUCUAGUGGCCACAGAGGGAUUUAACAACAGUCAGACUUACGGCGGAAACUCCGGGAACGUGAAGAAUAAACUGCCCAAACUGAGUCUCAGCCAUGCAGGCGAGGUCAGCCUACCAAAUGACUCCAGCUGUGUUGAGGAGAUUUUGCGGGAGAUGACGCACUCCUGGCCUCCUCCUCUCACAGCCAUACACACUCCCGGGAAGGCUGAUCAGACCAAGUUCCCUAUCCCAAACAAGGAGUCACAACAUGUGACCUCGGGCUACAACACCCAGAAGCGAUGCACUGUAUCAGCUAACAAGCCUGCUGCUAAACCACCAACUGCACCACAGAAGUCAAUGUUGGAGGAUGACCUGAAGAUCAGCAGCGACGAGGAAGAGGCCGAACAAAAGGUGUCUGACAAGCCCAAAGCCAGAGGCACAGCGCUAAGCGGGGCAUCGGGGAGCAGCAGCGAAUCAGAGAGCAGCUCGGAGUCGGACACAGACGAGUCAGAGAGCAGCUCCAGUGACAGCGAGUAUAAUCAGGCGUCCCGCACCAACACUCCAGAGCCUGAGCCACCCUCCACCAACAAGUGGCAGCUGGACAGCUGGUUGAACAAGGUCCAAGCUCAAACCAAACCCCUGGUCCCCCCACAGCAAGAGCACCAUGGCAAGGGCUCCAUUACCCAGGGUCAGGAGACUUUCUGUCCAGGGAACGAAGCACCAGGAGUGGGUACGGCUGCCAAGACCAAGCCUUGCGGAUCCAGCACCACCACCGUUCCAGCUGCACCAACGGUGGAACACAAGGAUACAAGGGGAGCCUUAUGCCCAGGCAAAGAGAAGGCCAAGGCCAAGAUCAGCCAGAAGGCCUCGGGGGAGAGCCAGAGGUCAAAGAUGAGGCUAUCACCGGGUCUAGUGGCUGGGCCAGAGGUCACGACCCCAAGGAGGAACACCACAGGGAAGAAACAGCCCAGACGGACAGACCGAUCAAACAGUGUGGAAGAUAAUCAGAACCAGACAUGGAGCAGAGCAAACCAGCAUAGCCCUGCAGCGAGGGAGAAGGACCUGUUGCCGCCUCCCUCCCUGGAGCAUCAGAACCCCCUGAGGCCACGAAGCAAACCCCCCAGUGGGAAAACAGCCCCUAGGAAAGAACCUCGCAGCGCUACCAACUCAAACAACAACACAGUAACUCCACCAGCGGCGCUACAGCAAACCCCUGUGCCAAUACCUGCUGUUAGUGCAAACCAGGACAAGAGGAAACACCGAGGUCCAAACACCAAAAUCACACCCAAGUCCCGAGAAUUCAUCGAGACAGAUUCUUCCUCCUCCUCCUCUGAAUGCCAAUCGGAUUCGGAGGAAGUCAUCAAAAUCCCAGCUCUACCGCCUCAGACGACACGCGCCGCAAUUAACACACAGACUCUGUCCAGCACACACAUACACACGCCUCUUCUGCCAUGCCUCGCCUCCGCUGGCAGCAUGGGCAGUCUGGGAACAUUUGGAGGGAAGGGGCUUCGAGUCAAAGACAGUAGCAAUGUGACCACUAACGGUAGCAGCAGUAGUAAUAGUAGCAUGAUCGGUGGUAGUAAUGGCAGCACUAGCAAUUGUAAUACACUAAGCAUUAGCAACAUAAGUGGUUCAUUUGGCACUUCUGUUCCUGAUCCUGGAGGGUUAGGGGGGCAGUGCAAAGACCUUGAGCCCAUGUCACCACCUUCCAACAUUGGACACGAGGUUCCUCUCUCUCCCCUGAGGGACUACCAAGAGAUUCAGAGUUUAUGGGUGAAAAUUGACCUGAGUUUGCUCAGCAGGGUGCCCAGUCAGGGUUUGGGGGAGAGAUCAAGGGUGGGAAUAGCAGAAAGGGACGGGAGUGAGGGGAGAGACAGGGAGAGGAUGGGGGUGGCGGAGAGAGAAAGACAGAAGCAGGAAGAGAGAGAGUGGCCAGGGCUGAGAGAGAGACAGAAAUUCACCAAAGGGGACAAACAGGAAGAAGAAAAUGAGCGAUUAGUGCAGGACAGAGAGAGGCAAGGUGACAGAGACAGAUUAACAGAGAGAGAGAGGCAGACGGACAGAGAGGACAGAGAACGAUUUGGGCUCGGGGAGAGGGAAAGGACAACGGGCAGGGACAGAGAGAAGGUAUGCCAAGGUCUGGGGGUCCUGGAUAACCCCCCUGUGCAAGAGCAGAGUAAUCCCAGGCUGGCCGGGAGGACGGAGAAAGGAGAGAAUGGAGGCAAACACAGGAGGCAGGCAGCUGGAAACAUAGUGGUCCCAACAGAGAAACACACCAGCAAGAGCAAGAGGAAACAUAAGUCGGACCACAGUGAGUCAUCGGUCAACGGCAAUAAGAAGCUGCGACUGGACAAGAGCUGUCAGCUCCUCCCACCGUGCAUCUCUCCAAUACACAACCACAAGAACAGCUCCACAGACAGCUCUCUAAACAGGAAGCAGUCUCGACGGCGGGACGAGAAGCUGCUCCCGCCCCUCCUGUCCCCCCUCUCUGACGAUCCCCCUCGUAAACGAACCUGCGACAGCAGUUCCUCUCUCAGCCAGGAGGGCGGCAGCGCCACCGGGAUGCUGCCCUGCUCCACCUCUUCGACCACCUCCGCAUCCUCUUCCUCACACAGACACAGGAGAGGCGAAGGCAAGGCCUCGUCACAUGUGAGAAAUGGCAGCGAAAUGGAUCCCCACGGCGAGAAGCCCAGUGGAGACGGUUACCAUGCCAACGGACAGUCCGACUCGGAGGUGUGGUCCGAACCGGUGACGGAACCCGCCGAACCUCGCAGGCCAAGGCUGUCGUUUAGCGACACAGUCCACAGUGCAGACUACUACAUGCAGGAGGCCAAGAGACUGAAGCACAAGGCCGACGCUUUGAUGGACAAAUUUGGCAAAGCGGUGAACUACGCAGACGGCGCCCUCUCCUUCAUAGAGUGUGGAAAUGCCAUGGAGCGAGAUCCGCUUGAGGCCAAAUCACCAUACACCAUGUACUCCGAGACCGUUGAGCUUAUCAGGUAUGCCAUGAGGUUGAAGAACUUCACCAGCCAUUCAGCCACCGUCGCUGAGAAGAAGCUAGCGGUGUUAUGUAACCGCUGUCUGUCUCUGCUGUAUCUGAGGAUGUUCCAUCUGAAGAAAGACCACGCUGUCAAGUACUCGCGGUCGCUCAUGGAGUACUUCAAGAAUUCGGCCAAGAGUUCACACCAAGCACCCUCUCCCUGGAGGACCAAUGGGAAGGUCAAUGGGACUCCAUCUCCCCUCUCACUUAGCCCUUCCCCGGCCAGCGGCGGCGGCGGAGGAGGUGGAUCUGGGGGUGCCCCCGCCUCAUCGGGAAGUGUGGCUAUUCCCCAACGGAUUCACCACAUGGCUGCCAGUCAUGUGAACAUCACCAACAACAUCCUGCGGAGCUAUGAACACUGGGAGACGGCUGACAGACUGGCCACUGAUAGCAACGAAUUCUUCCAGGAGCUGGACUCGGUGAUGGAGCCGUUGAGUCAGCAGAGCAGCAUGACUGAGCUGGUCCGAUACAUCAGACAGGGACUGCACUGGCUCCGCAUAGAGGCUCACCUGCUGUAAGGACUGGAUCGAAGCCAAAAUUUAAAAAGAAAAAAAAAAAAGAAAGAGAGAAAUGGGCCUGGGAGCUAGAACUGGGAUAACAAGUGAGAUGAGACUCAGGACGAUGCUUCAGUUCCCACUGGGAUCCUUCAAAUGACCCGACACCACCCACGGUAAUGUAACGGCAUAGAUUGGGUGGAUUAAUUGGGCUGAAAUUCACCUGAAAUUAGGACUGAACAGUAACUAAGUUUGGGGAAUUUUAACUGUGAAUCACACAAUACAAAUUAGCAUAUUAAAAAAAAUGUGGCUGAUGCUGCUUUUUUUAGAGAAACUGUAGAUCAGAGCAGGUAGCUUAAAUUCCUAAAGGAACAAUAGAUGUUACAAACCUCCAUGUGUCCUGAAUAGAAAUAAGAACCAGAGAGGGGGGGGAGGGAAAGGGUAUUUUUACUAAGACAGAAUCAUUUUCAAAAAGAUAUGUGAGAGGCUGAAGUGAUUAAGGAGGCUGGAGGUAGAGAAGGAGGAUCUGCGCGAGCAGUGGCCUAGAAACGUGCCUGUGAUUGGGACGGGAAUUAAAGCCUCUGGCUGAUAUUGAUCCAAGUGGAGUACCGGUCCAAUCCAUUAGAUAAGGACCACGCUGGUAAAGGGGGCUCAGCUACAACCACUAGAGCUGAAUUGAUAGACGCUGAAGUUAGUCCUCUGCAGCUGUGUGCAGUAAUUUAACAACAUUCAGUAAUUAGUCACACUUUGUGGUCAACGAGAGAAUUUUACAUUUUUAUAAUCCUGAAGAAUUUCAUCACAAUUUUAAAGUUAAUAUUUUAUAUUAUCUAUUCUGCCAUAGCCAUUAAAUUGUUGUCAGUGGCGGAGUCUGUCAUUCCUAAAUCUGGAUUUGACUCUUAAUUCUGGAUUAUCAGAAUGUGAUUCUUCAAUUUUAGUGCCAAAUACUAAAACGAUAUAUCUAAAUGUGCUUUUCUACAAACCGUUUCCACUUUUCAUUUGGUGAAACCAAGGUAGUAGAAGUUAAAUGUUGUCUGAACACAAACAGUCAUCCAAAGAUUUUGUCUAAAUUUUUAAAAAUAAAAUGACAAAAUUUAAAAUUAGGAACUAUCUCAUGAAAUAAGUAAACAAGAAGUCAGUCUCGACAGAUUUUGAGCUUCAAAGCGGACAUCACGCAUACGCCGUCCAUUCUUUAUACUGAUUUGACCAGAUGCAAUGUAAUGCCAGCUUUUUGUACCUGACAGUUUGUGAUACUUGUUGCAAUGGACACAUUUUAGUCCUAAAGGGUACUGAGGUUUGAUACCAAAUCAGAUGUGGAGACUCUCAGUACAGUCCAAUCAGGAUAACCCUAACGUUAAAAUGUGUCGCGUUAGAUUGAGAGUUAUAAGACCCGGUUGCAGUCCAGCAGGACAAGCACUCAAAUCACUGCUCCUACAAAUGAAGGGUUUCUUCCUCCAGAAAGAAAAGCAUUUCUCUGGUUCUCCUCUCACUGGUUACGGGUUUUGGCGAGCUCUAUUUCCCAUAGCAACCCGCCCACUAAGGUGUCAUUUACAGGGGGGAAAAACUACAAGAUUCAGUCUGAUUUGACUCUAAUUAAACCACCGCCCACGUGCAGAUCAAGUAAACAGGGUCAGAAUCUCAGAUCGGCUUUUCUGCCGUGAUGUGAAAAAAAAUCUGUGUAUCAGCAGCGCUUAAUGAGAUCAAAUCACCUGCUGGAUAUCUUGUCGUCGUUUCCCAACAUUUGUCGGUGUCGUGUUGUUACUGUGUAUACGUGUACAGCUGAUUGUCAAGUCUAUUUAAAUCAUUACCUGACUGGACAAUAAUGAUGUUUGUGUACCAUAAUGUACAGACUGUGACUCCUGAAAACCGUGUUUGUUUUUUUUUGUUUUUAUUUGUGUUUAGUGAAUGAUUCAAUGUGAAUGAAUGAAGAAAAUAGGGUAUCUAUAUAUGUGUGUGGGUGUGAGUGAGUGUGUGUCAACGCACAGGCUAUGGCUGCAUUUACACAGCACCAAACAUAAUCUGAUUUUUAACCCUUUUUGGCACAUGAAAACAAAAAGAUCCAUGCGACGGCUCCUCUGUUUUCACGUGUGCUCUUAAGACUUAAAAUCUGGAUUUUUUUUGUUUUUUUUUCAUGGUCUCUGUAAAUCCAGCACAUCAAGCAUGAGUUUUUAAGUUUUGGAUCAUUUGACCACCGCUGAAUGUGUAUGGCAGACAAUGCGGAUGUGAAAAUUAAUUUUCACUUUGACAAAAAAAAAAAA